UACAAAAAGGGAUUUACAAAAGAACGAAUCUUGUUCUGUAAUUACACCCCAUAUCCCACAACCCGCGUCAGCGGUUUACUAUUCGGGCUCCUGACUGCGCAUGCGCCAAAUCAGGACAUUGGGAUUGUGUACGCGUUUGGGUGGAACGGGUCCAGUUUCCCUCUUUGAAAAGCUGCAGGAAUCAUGGGAGCCGUGUUCCUGCCAGCAGAUGCCGCGCACUCGGUGCUGCGGAGGCUCCCGAGAGCAAACUUCUUCUUGGAGGAGAUGAAACAAGGGAACAUCCAGCGAGAAUGCAGGGAGGAAAUCUGCAAUUAUGAAGAAGCCAGAGAGGCGUUUGAGAAUGAUGAAAAAACGAGGCGAUUCUGGGAGGAGUACCAGCGUGAGAGCAGCCCCAGGCCUGGAGGACUGGAAUCCACCGCCGGUGGCAUUCAUUCUCUGUAUCUGAUCUUACCCCUGCUGCUGGUUUUGCUGCUCAUUGCUGCAGUUUCCAUCACGGUUUGGAGAUGCCACUCACACAAAAGAUCCCAGCAAAGCCCUGCCAUUGGGCGUCCACAAAGAGACACAACCCUAUCAGUGGUGUCAAUGGACCAGUGGGGUCGGGACUACCAUCCUGACAUCAGUCCUCACUCAGAGAUCAGUGCCCACAGUAGCCCCGCCUACCCUGGUGCUGACCUCACACCUGGGCGGGGCAGUCGGGGUGACCCGCCCCCUUCAUACGAGGAAGCUGUGGGCCAUACAGAUAUACAGAUUGAAGCGGAGCCUCCACCACAAUAUGAAGACAUCAUCAGUAACCAUGGUAACACAGUUAUCAUCUCCCAGGGAAAGUGACGGAUCUUCCAGGCAUGUUAUCCAGCCUCAUGUAGGGAUGCAUUUUGAUGCCAAUACACCAAUACUGUAAACCCUGCCAUUACUUACUCGCUGUGUCUUUCUUCUCUUUUAUAGCUAAUGUUUUGGCGGGAUGUGAACAUGCUUUGCCCGUUUAUUUUUUUAGUACUAGAAAUAUUUUUUUACAACAUCACUACUUCAGUGACAGGCUUUUCAACUCCAGCACUAGCAAAACAGCUAAACUUCUUUACUUAAUGUGAAGAGAAAACAACUAAUGCAAUAACAUUAUCCUCAGUACUGUUACUCCGAUAUUGAUAAACAUUGAAUUGCUUUGAUUUCAGAGAUGUUCGUAGAACUCCUAACAACAUGAAUCCUGAUCCAAGCCCAAAUCCAAUGACGAAGUACUGUAAUGUCAUCAGCCAUUCUUUCGAGUUAGUAAGUCCUAUGAAUGUCAGAACAUCUUAGAAAUGAACUGAACAUUUGGUCAGUUGUGGCCUCUCAUGGGAUAAUUAAAACAUAAUUGUAAAUAAUCAGAUUCAGAGGGAAAAAAUGCACAAUAUUUUCAGGAAGUAUAAAUUGUAAUGUUUACUGACAUUCAAGGUUCAUUGUAACCUUUAUCAAUAGCCAUCUAAACUUAGGCUAUCUCUGUAUAAUUGCAUAGACGUCACUAUGCACUGGACUGACAGCCUCAAUGAAAUACUGAUAUUGGGUUGAUUUUUUUUCACUAGUAGUUGAGGUGUUAAACACUGUGUGUUAGAUUUAGUUAGCAUGUUGGAAACAUUUCAGCUGAAUGGAUAACAAGUUAACAGUGUGAAUUUGCUGAUAAUACAUUGCUGAUAACAUUGACCAAACAAAUCCAAUCCUGAUUUUAUGUAGCAUCAUGGUUGUUAAUGCUGAAUCAGCUUAACUGGGCACCAAGUCAACAUGUGUGAGGUUUUAACUCCUAUUUGGAUUUGGGAAAAUACAAUACUGAAAGGAAUAGUUCACCCAAAAAUGGAAAUUUGCUGAAAAUGUACUCACCCUC